GACUGUGUCUCUAAAAAAAAAAUUUUAAAUAAAUAAAAACCCAGGCAGGCUGACCUCUUCACAACCCCUAUGAUUUACUACCUCUCAAGAGCCCAGCAUUAAACUAAGUUUCCUUGACCUCCAAUCUGAGGGUUGAAUGGGCUCCCAACUCCAGAGAAGAUUUGUAUUUUAAAAGAGAAUCCUAGAGAAAGUGAUGCUUCCUUCAAAGGAAUGAAUGAUAAAUAGUGGAUUUGGAGGCUUUAGUAUAAUGGAAUUGGCAUGAACUUUCAAGGAAGGCCAGCCAACACCUGGGACUUUCUUCCUCAGCAUUUGAACAAGGUCAGUUUUCAUAGGUCACCAAGGGGAAACCUGGACAUUUGAAGGAAGGGAGGAAAAGUUUAGGCUCCAGGUUCUUAGAUGUGCCUGGAAGCAGAGAUUGCUGCUCUUUGCAGAAGACUGUGAAGAGUGGCAAUGUUCGUGACAAUGAUGAAAUUGGUAUCCUGUGCUAAAUCUGAGGUCAUCUUACACUAGAUCUGGUACAGAAAUGUGCAAGUGGAUAUCAGAGGUUUAAGAAAAAUUUGUGAGAGAAAAGUACCUACUUGAGUUUUUUUUUUUUUUAGUAACUUAAUUUUUUUCUGUAAAUUGGGAAAAGGCUAAUUAUUAUUCAGAGACAGAAUUCAGACCCGGCUCAGAAGUGGCUCUGCAUUUCUGUGGUGUAAGAGGCUUUGAUUGGUUCUUUCUUUCCUUCUUUCUUGCAUUUAGCCAGCUUUUUGACUGACAACUGAAUAGGUACCUCCUUGGUGCCCAGCCCAAUGCAGGGGACAUAGGUGCCCUAUACAGUGACUCUUCUAGCAAGGACAGGGUCUGGCUUAUCUUGUGUCCCCAUCACCAGGUAUGGGGUGCAGACACUAUAGGUCUUCAGAAAAGCUUGGCCAAGUGGAUCAGAAGUCUGAACCUGGAGAAGCUCUCAGUCUGGCAGGAGAGGCAGCCACGGAAGCAGAUAAUUACAGCACACUGAGGCCUGUGAUCAUUCUCAGGAGCGCUGCCAGAUGAUGACCAGCUGGGGGCCUCCAUGGGCGCCUGAGGGCCAGGCGCCAGGGCCGUGGGCACGAGUAUGGUGAGACACCAGCCCCUGCAGUACUAUGAGCCACAGCUGUGCCUCUCCUGCCUCACGGGCAUCUAUGGCUGCCGUUGGAAGCGCUACCAACGUUCGCAUGAUGACACCACGCCGUGGGAGCGCCUCUGGUUCCUGCUCCUCACCUUCACUUUUGGCCUCACGCUCACCUGGCUCUACUUCUGGUGGGAAGUCCACAAUGACUAUGAUGAAUUCAACUGGUACCUCUAUAACCGCAUGGGCUACUGGAGCGACUGGCCCAUGCCCAUCCUUGUGACCACAGCCACUGCCUUUGCGUACAUUGCUGGCCUCCUGGUCCUGGCACUAUGUCACAUCGCUGUGGGGCAGCAGAUGAACCUGCACUGGCUGCACAAGAUCGCCCUGGUGGUCAUCCUGGCCUCCACGGUGGUGGCCAUGUCGGCUGUGGCCCAGCUGUGGGAGGACGAGUGGGAGGUGCUGCUGAUCUCCCUGCAGGGCACAGCGCCAUUCCUGCACGUGGGGGCCCUGGCCGCAGUCACUGUGCUCUCCUGGAUCGUGGCAGGACAGUUUGCCCGCACAGAGCGGACUUCCUCCCAGGUGACCAUUCUCUGCACCUUCUUCACCGUGGUGUUUGCCCUCUACCUGGUCCCUCUCACCAUCUCCUCUCCCUGCAUCAUGGAAAAGAAGGACCUCGGCCCCAAGCCCGCCCUCAUUGGCCACCGAGGGGCCCCCAUGCUGGCUCCAGAGCACACUCUCAUGUCCUUCCGGAAGGCCCUCGAGCAGAAGCUAUAUGGGCUCCAGGCUGACAUUACCAUCAGCCUGGAUGGCGUGCCCUUCCUCAUGCAUGAUGCCACCCUGCGGCGCACCACCAACGUGGAGGAGGAGUUCCCGGAGCUCGCCCGCAGGCCUGCCUCCAUGCUCAACUGGACCACCCUGCAGAGGCUCAACGCUGGCCAGUGGUUCCUGAAGACUGACCCCUUUUGGACGGCCAGCUCCCUGUCACCGUCCGACUACAGAGAGGCCCAGAACCAGUCCAUCUGCAGCCUGGCAGAGCUCCUGGAGCUGGCCAAAGGCAAUGCCACACUGCUGCUCAACCUGCGCGACCCGCCCCGGGAGCACCCCUACCGCAACAGCUUCCUCAACGUCACUCUGGAGGCCGUGCUGCGCUCUGGCUUCCCCCAGCACCAGGUCCUGUGGCUGCCUAACAAGCAGAGGACCCUGGUGCGGAAGGUGGCUCCCGGCUUCCAGCAGACAUCAGGCCUCAAGGAGGCAGUCACCACUCUGCGGAGAGGCCACAUCCAGCGGCUGAACCUGCACUACACUCAGGUGUCCAGCCAGGAGCUCAGGGACUACGCAUCUUGGAACCUGAGUGUGAACCUCUACACAGUCAACGCGCCAUGGCUCUUCUCCCUGCUGUGGUGUGCAGGGGUCCCAUCCGUCACCUCUGACAACUCCCACACCCUCUCCCAGGUGCCUUCCCCACUCUGGAUCAUGCCCCCGGACGAGUACUGUCUCAUGUGGGUCACUGCCGACCUGAUCUCCUUCACCCUCAUCGUGGGCAUCUUCGUGCUCCAGAACUAUCACUUGAUCAGGUGGCGCCUGGGUGGCAUACGGAGCUACAACCCUGAGCAGAUCAUGCUGAGCGCCGCGGUGCGCCGGACCAGCCGGGACGUCAGCAUCAUGAAGGAGAAGCUCAUCUUCUCAGCAGAGAUCAGCGAUGGCGUAGAGGUGUCCGACGAGCUCUCCGUGUGUUCAGACAACAGUUACGACACAUAUGCCAACAGCACCGCCACCCCUGUGGGCCCCCGAGGGGGUGGCAGCCGUGCCAAGACCCUCACAGAGAGGAGUGGGCGUUAGCUGAAGGCAUGUCUGUCCCACCUGUACCUGACACAGAAGCCAGGGGAGCCUAGGAGAGCUGGCAGAAGCGUGUCUGAACUCGGAGUGCUCUGGGAGCGGGCUCCACAGCCUCCUCGUGGGAUCCAGCCCCUUGUCAGCCACAGCCUCUCUUGAGGGAGACUCCUGUCCUUUAAGCCCAGCUGGCCCAGGACUCAAGCCUCUCAGAUGCCCCCACAGGCCUGGGGCUCCUUCUGGGAAGUAUGGGACUUAGGGCUUGGUCCCCCCCUUCUGAGGCCCUCUCCUGUAUCCCAACCUGAAGCUUUGAUGGGUCAUGGGCCAUGCCAUACCCCCUGUGACAAUGGAGGGUGCGGAUACUCACCUGUGCCAUCUGUCCUCCUGUCUGCUAUGAGGCCACUGAGUUCUCCAUUGUUAUCCUGCCCCACGGGCCUGGGCCAGGCCUCUACCUGAAGCAACUCUGCUCUUCCUGUCAGUCUCAAAGCACAAGGAGGUUCGGCCCAGGAGGAAGCCAGCUGCAGUGUGGAGACACGUCCUCCUCCCCACCUCAUGCCACCGCCAGCCCCCUGCCCCAGGAGCAGGCCUGAGCAUGUCCCCUGGGAGCAGCUGGAGAUGGCCAGAAGUGAGAGCUCAGGACUACUGAAUCCCAUGCCCAAGUGUCCAGCAGACCUCAGGGCCGAAGGGUCCCUCAACCCAGGAGUCCACAGACUGAUGUGACCUCAGGUUCCCACAUUAGUGGCCACAGGGCAGGGCCCACCUGGGAAAAGUGUUUUGGACAUGGUCAGAGUGGGUGUGUGGCUAAAUAGGCCCACAACAGAGGGAACCCAAGGGCCUCGGCCAAUACGAUUAAAGCUGCCAUCUUGA